AUUGGUUCCAAUUAUUGUUUCUCUCUUCACUUUUACUUUUUUUGAACAAUUCAAAUUUACAAAGACAAAUAGGGGACAGUAACUUGAAUAUGGAAACAAAAUACACAUAUACAAAUAUGUAGUCUAACUAAAACAAGGGAUGAAAUUAAAUAAGGUUUUGUGCUAAAUAAGAUUAGCCGCAGAUAAAUGUUCUCACGGUGACGACUACACCGUAGUUGAAAUUUACAGAUGAAGGGUGUCCUAAUGUGGCAGUCUCUACUAUGGUAAUGCCUCUGUUUACAGUGUCACAUGGCAUAAUAUAAUUAUAAAGUACUUUAUUUGAAGCCACCUGUCUCCCUUUUUCAGAUAUAUGUCUGAUCAAUCUGUGUGUGUGUGUGUGUGUGUGUGGCUCUGGAGGGCGGCGCUCUCUAAGCGCUGGCAGAUAUUAAGAAAGCAGCGAACGCAAAACUUCCGUCAUUGAGUCCGGAACAGAUGCAAUAAAAAAAUCCGCAUUAGUUAUACCAUUGUUUAUAAAUAAUGGGACUAACGUUUUUAUCCUCUGAUGAUCCGUGGAUAAUGCAUGCGUCUCUGACAUAUGUUGGAAUUCUGUCAGAAGCAGCACGAGUUCACUUUACAGCGCGGGAGUUGAUGCAUAAAUGAGGAAGAGAAUCAAUAACUACUAGCGACACAAAUAUUUGAAAGAACAUCUCGCUCUUGGUUUGCAGCAGCCUGUUUGAGCAUCUGCCUCUUACUCCCUCUCGUAGCAGUCAGCCUUGACAGCACCUGCAGAGCUACAGCAGGACAGUCACAGUCAGAGGCAGUCAUCUCCAGCAGUAUCAGCAGAAACAACAACAGCAUAGGCCCUCAACAUCAGCUGUUACCUUAUGCAGAAUUUUCCCCAUACAACAGAACAUCAGAUAAAUGGACAGAGCUGAAUAACAUGGAUGUCUGGAAGAAAGAUGAUGUCCGUAAGUGGCUAAUCAAGAACAAAGUCCCUGAGGAGUAUGCUAAGAUUCUUUACGAUCAGGAUGUUUAUGGAGCCGCUCUAAUUCAUUUUGGCGAAGAAGAUCUCCUAAAGCUUGUUUCAAACCAUGGGCCUGCAGUUCACAUCUAUAACAUAGUGGCCCAGUUCAAAACUUCCCCCAAAAACUCAGAAAAGCACACUGCCUUACCCAGGGACACAGAUGCAUCAGUGGUGACCUCUACAGUUCAGCAUUUCCAACAAGAAAAAGUAGCAGCUGAAAGUCCUUCCACUGAAUCUGCUCAACUGGAGAUACCUGCACAAAUCAGCAUUGAAGAAAAUAGGUAUGCUAUAUCAAGUGUGAAGACAUGGUCAAUCUCUUUGGAAGACAAACCCAAAUAUACAGGCAGUGGAGGGAAGUCACCUGUUCCAUUUGAGAAUGCUCUACUAUUGGAGGAACAGAAUAAUGGCAUGCACAAUAAAGAAGAUGAAGCAAGCUGUGCACAAUCACCGGCCUUACAUUUGACACAAUGCACAAAGCAAACAAAUAAUAUGGGGAGUGAGACCAAAGCACACCUGUUUAUCUCAGAGAACCCAGAGGACAUAUCAGCAAGCUUUGAACUUCAAUAUUGCACACCCCGCCCUUUUGAUAAAAGCAGCGAAACAUUUGUAUACAUACAAGAUGACAUACUUCCACCUGAAACUGGCCCAGGCAACCUUAUCGACCCUCUGCAUGAGUACAAACUCAUGGCAAACACAGAGAAUGCUUCAGAAGAGGCUGUCUUUAAAAAAUUCAGAAAUGAAACAUUCCGGUUUGCUGCAGCAUGCAUGAACACUCGAACAAAUGGAACAAUCCAUUUUGGUGUUGGAGAUGAACCACUGUACAAGCAUGGACAAAUUAUUGGACUAGAGGUGCCAUCUCGUGAUAAAUAUGUAGACGAAUUUGAUAAGGGCCUGCAGGAGCACUUCAAAGGAAAAAGUAAUAUUGCAAUGACUUGCAUUAGGCCCCCCAAGUUUGUAAAAGUAAAAUGUCCAGGUAACAAGGACAAGUGGGUUAUUGAGAUUGAUGUUGUCCCAAAGUAUAAAUUAACCCAGAAGAAACUUUUUUACACUACAUUAGACAAGAAGAAAAAAAAGUCAAAGUGCCUUUUUAUUCGUUCUGGAGCAAGCACCAUUAAUUAUUUACCUGAAGAUAAUCUUAAGAUUUUUAAGCAGAACUCAAAGAAUUUAAAAAAGGAUUUAGAAUUAUGGGCUUUAGCUAGAGAGUUAGCUGAAGAGGAUAUAGCUAAUUUAAGGAUGUGUUACCACCAAUGCAUUUGUUCCAGAGACCCGUGUCAGUGGUGCGUCAACUCAAAAGUGGUGCACCAACCCUAAAGUGGUCCUAUUGAAAAUCUAAUUCACACACUGUCAGGAACAAUUUAGCCAAGAAAGCAAUGUCAAUCAAUGUGGUUUCCCGCAUCCUGGGGAGGGUCAGGGGCUUUUUUUUUUUCAAGUUUCAUGAUCAGGUAUUUGGGGAUCAGGUAUUUGGGGAGCAUUUCAGAACAGAGGAACAACCGGCCCAUUCACUGAGGAGGAAUGACCGAAUAAAAGUUAGCAGACAGUAUUCAUGUGGAUGCUAAAUGAUUCUUCUGUUGGGAAACAAAUGAAUGCAAGUUCCCCCAAAAUGUAGCAAAAGUUGCACAAUGACGCCUUUAUGUCCCAGGUACUGUACCUCUGUUGUGAGUGAAGUGUAAACCGGCCUUGCCUUGCUGCCGACAAUACUGUCAAUGUUGGUUUAUCUUUUUACAGAAGAACCUCAAAAUACAGGAAUAGAUAGCUGUCCUAAGUGAUAUUGCACUUUUCAUUUUGAAUGAAGGCUACUGUACUGAAGUACAGGUAUAUUUGUGUGAAAUGGUCAAUUUAUGUUUACUGACGUACAGUUAUAUUUGUUUGAAAUGACCAAUUUAUGUUUACACUAAUAUUAUUUUAUUUUUAAUUCAGGAAUUUAUGUCCUCCCAAGUAUUGCAAUAAAAAAUAGCAUUUUUUUUCUUGUCCUAUGACUGUUUCUGUAGGUGUGCCAAGCCAUCAGAACUGAACAGAAUAGGAAUGUUGCAAGUGAACUGUGUUAUAACUGUGUUAUUAUUGCAUCCCCAGUAAGGUGUUGUCAUGUAUAGAAACACUGUGAUAGAAGUGAGGAUCACAUGCUGUAUGUUUUGUUCAAAUAGUUACAGUACGUUAGCUAUGGGGAAAUCUUGUCUCUUCAUAUUUUUUUAUUCAUCAAAGGCAUUCCUGGAUGCAAGUUUUUUUUUUUUUUUAAAGAGC